CUCAGAGGUUUGAUUCGUGAUCGAUUAGUACCACCUUUUUAUAAGAGGGAUCUUCAUGAUGCAUUGUAGGAAAUUCGGCAAGGAGCACAAAUGGUUUAUGAGUAUUUUAAGGAGCUAGAACUGCUCAUGAUGAGAGCAUAUGUGCGGGGGGACGAGGAAGCAACAAUUGCAUGCUUCUUAAAUGGGCUCAACGAGAGAUCAAGCACGAAGUUGAGCUUCGUCAGUUUGUGAAGUUGGAGGAACUGGUCCAUUUGGCCACUAAGGUAGAUAGGCAACUGAAGGUAAGUUCGGGAAGAAGGUAUCCACCCUCUCCAAAAAUUGCGGAGAAGAUUACUGAAGCUAAAAUGAAUCACCCUAAGCAAGAAGGUGACAAGCCAACUGCCAGGAACACGGCCCUAGUCAUCCAAGUUAGGAAUGAAGGAUCAACUGGAAGCAUCCAAUGCUUGGGACGAGGUCACAAAGCCAACCAAUGCCCCAAUAAGAAGAAUCUAGUCUUGCAAGAUGGAGAAUACUUUUAUGAGGAGGAGUAUGAAGAGAAGCCCAUGGGGAAUGAAUUUGGUUCUGAUUCUGAUUCUGAAGAUGAUGAUGUGGAUGAGCACAUCAAGGCUGAAAAAUCUCCACCAGGUAAACUUCUUGGCGUGAACAUCAAAGCUUUUUAAAACACAAGAAUUACCAUCUCAAACGGCUCCAUAAUAGGGGUAAAAACAUGUGCAAUUAACGGCUUAUCAAACU